AUGGCCGACGACAACAAGGCGGACCUUGUCCGGUUUGCCAGCGAGUAUGCAGACAAAGACAUCGACCUCUUCGAUCUUCUAGGCAUCGAUGCACUGACGCCCAAGGCGGAUAUCCACCGUGCAUGGCGCAAACGGUCCCUAAAGUACCACCCUGACAAGGCGGGUGAGGCCUUCGACGCGUCGAAAUGGGAGCUUUUCGAGCGCGCGCGCGACGUGCUGUCAGACGAGUCGGCGCGGUUGGCGUACGAGCAGGCCACCAAGUCUAAGCUCCUUCGGCGUCAGGAGCGUGACGCCCUGGACCGAGACCGCCGCCGGUAUGCCGACGAGCUCGAGGCGGCCGAGCGGGCGGCCAGGCAGGAGCGAGAGGCUAAAACGCAGAAGGAUCGCGAGGCAAUGGACAGGGAGAGGGCCCGGCUCGCCGAAGCCCAGCGCAUGCGCGACCAGGAGAUCAAGCGCCAGGCCGAGGCGGAGCAGGAACACGACAUGCUCGCCGAGGCCAGGCGGAGGGUCAGGGAGAGGAAGGAGGAGAAGGCCAGGAGGAAGAUGGCAAAGGAGACCAACAAAGCUGCUGGACGGCCUGCGGGGGUCCCGGUCAAUGGCGUCGUCCUAGUUCCCGGAGACUACGUGGCUGACCUCCCUGACGGCGAUGCUUCCAAGAAGCAGUACUGGGAGCUUGUGUGCGACAAGCUCCGUGCUGUGCAGGCUGCCAGGAACUUGGCGGGCUCGGAAGCUGCUGCCGACGACAUCCGUUCUGCUGAGGCGAGUGUUCACGAGGCGAGGCAGCGUAUUUCCCUGGCCGAGGACAAAUACCGACAGGAGACGGCUGCUUAA